AUGCCUGAAGAGGAAGAGAUUGUUUUUGAUGGCUCUAUGAAAGCGGCAGAAGCGGCGGCACUGACUUCAUUGAUGCAUGACAGCGCCUUCUUAACACGCUGCACUCGGCGUUGUGGCCCUGAAGCCGUCGAACUUGCACAGCAAGUUUAUGAACAACUCAGUUCUCAAGAAGAAGCCGUGGGUAUGGCAGUAGAGGCUGUGGUGACCAAGUAUGGUGCGCCACAUUUGCGACCCACGGAUAUUCAAAGUCGUUCAGAACAAGAUACGGCUUGCUGGUCCCUGAUCAACUUGCUGAAAUAUGCAGCAGCAGAAGUCAAAGACAGCAAAAGUGGCUAA